GGUCAGAUGAUAGAAUCCCCUCAUCGAAGCGCGAUCAUCGUUUUCUUGACAUUGUCAGUUAACCCGUUGCCAGAGUAAAUUCAUUAAAUAGUUCAAUUGAACUUGUUACUAUGGCAACAAAAGGAAGCGUUAUUGAAAUGACCUCAGAGUAAAGAUAGCAGGUCUACGCCUAAGUAUUUAGGUCUACGCCUAAAUACGUAGCUAGCUAGUUACAGUGAGUUAGAACGCAAGAAGUUGCUAGAUACUUCAGACGACUGCUAUACAUCGCUACCGCAAUUAGCUACAUUGAGACUACCGCCACGUCUUGACAAGACUCUUGUCUGCCUACUGAUCCUUUCAAUGGCUGCUGCUAAAAAACGUACUAUAUCGGGCAUCGAAGAUGUGAGAGACAGAAAAGCAAAGGUUAUCAAAGACAGCGGUGAGAAGAGACACAUCGCAGCCCUGAUCCUCGCGAGGGGAGGCAGUAAGGGGAUCCCCCUGAAGAAUAUCAAAGUUCUCGCCGGUGUCCCCCUCAUUGGAUGGGUUCUGAGAGCUGCAGUGGACUCCAAACAGUUUGACAGUGUGUGGGUAUCAACUGACCAUGAUGACAUUGAGAAGGUGGCCAAGGCAUGGGGAGCUCAGGUUCACCGCAGGAGCCCAGAGGUGUCCAAAGACUCCUCCAGCUCUCUCGACACCAUCCAGGAAUUCGUCCGAUUAAACCCAGAGGUGGAUGUGAUCUGUCACAUCCAGGCCACGUCUCCCUGCCUGCACCCCUUCCACCUGAAGGAGGCCCUGGAGAUGAUCACCAAGCAGGGCUUCACGUCCGUCUUCUCUGUGGUCCGAGAACACCACUUCCGCUGGCAGGAGGUGAAGAAAGGAGGUAGUGUAGCCACCCAGCCUCUGAACUUAGACCCGUCUAACAGGCCCCGGAGACAGGACUGGGAUGGAGAGCUGUGUGAGAACGGAUCUUUCUACAUUUAUACCAGAGCGAUGAUAGAGAGAGGCCUGCAGGGGGGGAAGUGGGCUUAUUAUGAGAUGCUGCCAGAGUACAGUGUGGAUAUUGAUGUGGAUAUCGACUGGCCCGUUGCAGAACAGAGAGUACUGAGGUUUGGUUACUUUGGUCUGGACAAGCCUGAGGUGGUGCGUCUGCUGCUGUGUAAAGUCUCAGGCUGUCUGACUGACGGCCGCGUCCUCAUCUCUGUCUCUGGAGAGGAGAUGGUCUCAGUCAACACCAGAGAUACUAUGGGUAUCCGCAUGCUGCAGAGAGAGGGAGUGGAGGUGAUCUUGAUCUCAUCCAGUGAGGACCCUGUGACCAAGGCCCUGGCUGACAAGCUGUCCCAGAGGACAGGCUGCGAGGUCAGGCAGCUGGGCAAGGACAUCCAGGGUGAGGUCAAAGCCAUGAUGGACGACAAGGAUCUGGACUGGAAGGAGGUCGCCUAUAUGGGUAAUGAUGCUCCAGAUGUUGACUGUCUGAACCUGGCUGGGCUGAGUGCAGUACCCCGGGACGCCCCAGUGGUGGCGAUCAACGCUGCUAAAUACUCCUGCCACAGUGCUGCAGGCCUGGGGGCUGUGAGGGAGUUUUCUGAACACAUCCUGCUGCUCAAGAAGAAGGCCAAGUCUCAGAUGGAACAGGACCGCAUCCACAGAAAUACAUUCUAAAUGCUAGAAUGUUCUAAAGUCACAGAGAUCCAUUCUAAACUCUAGAAUGUGUUCUAAAGUCACAGAGAUCCAUUCUAAACUCUAGAAUGUGUUCUAAAGUCACAGAGAUCCAUUCUAAACUCUAGAAUGUGUUCUAAAGUCACAGAAAUACAUUCUAAACUCUAGAGUAGGGAUGGGCAUUGGAAAUAAUAUCAUGACAUUUUUUCGGAUAUCCGGAUAGUUUUAAACGUGGACAUUUGUUUGCUGCGCAGCCUGCAUGACUCGGGAGAUACUGUGGGGACAAGGACCAGGGGUGUGUGACAAAGGAGGGAGAGAAAAAGUAGCCACUGACUCGCGCUAGUUAGACACCUGUAAAUGCUAUAGGUUAUCUAUCAUCCAAUAUGGCAGUGCAUGUCUUUACUGCAUCAAAUCAAUGCCAAGAUGCUAGCUAAGUCCUCAUUUAGUUUACUUAAUUCUGUCAUUUUAAUUAAACUUUUAAUUCAUUGAUUAGAGAUCUCCCACUUCACGCUGCUACACAAGAAGCCUCUGACUGUAGUGUCAACAACAGCAAGCUCAGUGAAACCUGUGUAGGCUAAUGCCGUAUGUCAUUUUUUUAAACUAUAUUCACAUUUGUGACGUUGUUUUAUUAAAUUAAGAAUUCCAAAUAUCAUGAGUGUAGAAAUGUCCCAUAGAUCAUUUUAUUCAAUUAAGAUGAAGCCUUGUCAUUGUUAAAAUAGGCCUGUGAUUUAUUUGUAUUAAGUGUUCGAAUAACUGCCCAUUGCUAGUUUUUUCAGGUUGUCAGAUCAAGGUAGUUUGGGUUUUAUCGCUACAGGUUGUGUUGACAAAAAUCUAUGUCUUUACUUUAAAUGAAGUAGAAUACAGGAGGCCUUUAAUUUACUUGAGAUUGAUUGUUUUUCUCUCCACUUUUUAAUGUUCUGUUUUAAUUUUUGGGGGAAAGUAUUAGUACAUUGACUUGGAGUUGCACUGAGAUUCUUGUUGGUUUGGGUGUUUACUUUUGUAUUAUGCCUGCAAUUUGUUUGUAAAAUUAUAUAUGAUCAUAAACGUAAGAAACACUU